GUGCUGGCUUCAAUUCCAGUGAAGAUGGACCCGGCGCUGAGCGAAGCCGUCCGGCGUGGCAACCCCGUCGUCUUCUUCGACGUCGCGCUGGGCAACGCGCCCUUGGGCCGCAUCAAGAUGGAGCUCUUCAAGCGCGAGUGCCCCAAGACGGUCGAGAACUUUCGCCAGUUCUGCACGGGCGAGUACCGCCGCGGCGACAUGCCCACGGGCUACAAGGGCAGCCAUUUUCAUCGCGUCAUUCCCGACUUUAUGAUCCAAGGCGGCGACUUCCUCAAGGGCGAUGGCACGGGCCGCAUGAGUAUUUAUGGCGACAAGUUUGCCGAUGAAAGCUUUGCGUACAAGCACACGGAGCCCGGUCUGCUCUCAAUGGCCAACAGCGGCGUGGACACGAACGGCUGCCAGUUCUUCAUCACGUGUGCGCCCUGCGACUGGCUCGACGGCAAGCACGUGGUCUUUGGGAAGCUCCUGGACCCGGCCUCGCUCCUCGUGAUGCGCAAGAUCGAGAGCGUUCAGACCGGCGCUGCGAACAAGCCCAAGACGCCCGUGACGAUCACCGAGUGCGGCGAGUUGUAGCCUGUCUGUAUUACUAGUAAGCAUAGCAUCCGCCUCGCGACGCUG